GCUAGCGUGAUGUCAGGUCAUACUGGUGGAGUUCAGGCAAAGCUUAAAGAAAUACAUCCUAAAGCUAUUUAUGUACACUGUAUGGCACACAAAUUAAAUCUUGUGGUCAUUGAUAUGUGUAAACAUUUAAAGGACGCACGGAAUUUAUUUAAUGGCCUGGAAGCGUUGUAUGUUCAUUUUAAUCAACCUACGAAAAAUAAAAAAAUGACUGACAUUCAAGAAAAACUAGGAGUUAAAAAAACAAAAAUUCCACAGUUAUCAGAUACUCGAUGGGUCUGCCGUUAUAAGAGUUGUAACUCAGUCAUCGCAAAUUUUAAACCUAUUCUAUAUAUUCUUGAUGAAGAAAUAGAAUUACAAAAAGAUAAAGAUGUUGCCCAAGCAAUAGGUCUACUGUCUACAAUAAAGAAUGGGAAAUUUGUGGUACAUUUGUUUGUUCUUAAUGAUGUUUUAAAAAUUAUUAACAUUCUAAGUACUCAAUUGCAAUCAAAGUCUACAACUCUUGGAAAAUCUAGUUCAUUAGUAUGUGGUGUGAUUGAUACUCUGAAAAAUAACCGUUCAGAUGUAUAUUUUGAUAACCUGUGGAAUGAUAUUACUAUAUUUUGUGAAGAACAUGAUGUGUCACUGGAUAUUCCUUCACAAGGUGGCUCUAAACGUCUUAGAAGGGAACCUACAUAUUUACAACAGUAUGCUGUAAUGUCAACUACUUCGGCAGAAGAAGACCGUGUUAAUGAUGUACUAAUGGGUACUUCAAUAAAUAAAAAUUAUUGGAAAAUGCAUUGUUUUUAUCCUAUACUUGAUACUAUUAUUGUCAAUAUGGAAAAACGGUUUUCACCAGAAAGUAUGGAAAUAGCCCAAUCUGAUUUAUUUGGUGUUUCCAAAGAUUCUUUAAGAUCAGAAAUGAUGGUUAUCAAAAAUGUCUUGAAAGUUAAUGUUGAUUUGGAAGUUCUGCAAAAUCACUUAAACUCAUUGAAUAGCAAACAAAUCUUUCCAAAUUAUUACAAAUUAUUUAAUGUAGCAAUAACUUUGCCAAUCAAUUCCGCUACUUGUGAAAGGUCAUUUUCUGCAAUGAGGAGGUUGAAAACAUGGAUGUGA